GGGCGGCCUUCCUGAGCCGCGCCAGCUGAGCCGGGCGGAGCUCAGCCCCUUUCUCCUACCUUGCUGUGGGCGCGCUAAUUCCCCCGGGGGCUGUCGACCCCUCUUCCAUGUCCCGGGUGGACACAGCACCCCGGAACCUCUACGCCCAUGGCCACUAGCCUGAGGAAGCCCACUUUCAACUCCUGUCCUUCCUCCUCGACGGAAACUGACGACGAGGGCGUGCGCGGCACCUGUGAAGAUGCGUCUAUAUGCAAAAGGUUUGCAGUAAGCAUUGGCUACUGGGAUGACCCUUACAUUCAGCAUAUUGUGAGACUGCCUAAAGAGAGGAAGGCCCCUGAAAUUAACAGAGGAUAUUUUGCUCGAGUUCAUGGCAUCAGUCAGCUCACAAAGGCAUUUCUGCGGAAGACAGAAUGUCACUGUCAAAUUAUAAACCUCGGGGCUGGGAUGGAUACCACCUUCUGGAUAUUAAAGGAUCAAGAUCUUCUCCCAAGUAAAUAUUUUGAAGUUGAUUUUCCAAUGAUAGUCACAAGAAAGCUGCACAGCAUCAAAGUCAAGCCUCUUCUAUCAAAACCUAUUUUAGAAUUACAUUCAGAAGACACACUUCAAAUUGAUGGACACAUGUUGGAUUCAAAGAGAUAUGCUAUUAUUGGAGCAGAUCUUCGAGAUUUAUCUGAACUGGAAGAGAAACUAAAGAAAUGUAACAUGAAUACACAAUUGCCGACACUCCUGAUAACAGAAUGUGUGCUGGUCUACAUGACUCCGGAGCAGUCUGCAAACCUAAUCAAGUGGGCAGCCAACACUUUUGGGACCGCCAUGUUCAUAAACUACGAACAGGUGAACAUGGAUGACCGAUUUGGGCAGAUCAUGAUUGAACAUCUGCGGAGACGACAAUGUGACCUGGCAGGGGUGGAAACCUGCAAGUCCUUAGAGUCGCAGAAAGAACGGCUCCUGUCAAAUGGAUGGGAAACAGCCUCAGCCAUGAACAUGAUGGAAUUGUACAGCAGAUUACCUCGGACAGAAGUCAGCAGAAUCGAGGCCCUGGAAUUCCUGGACGAGAUGGAGCUCCUGGAGCAGCUUAUGAAGCAUUACUGCCUAUGCUGGGCGACCAGAGGGGGAAGUGAGCUAGGUUUGAAGGAGAUCACUUAUUAACCUUUUCAAGGCUUGUGCUGAGCCAGAAGCUGCAGCCACUGACCUACCUGAAGUUGAUACGCGAAUCUCCUGAAUGACGGCCAGGCCUUGUUGACCAGUCCAUUCCACACUCAAGAAACCAGCUACUAGUGCUGUCGCACCACUUCCUGUUCCUGUUGACUCAUCGUUUAAAUAAAUCUCAGU